GUGAACCAGAUGGCCGCGGCGAUGGAAUCUGGGACGGAGGACUCGUAGUAUCUCUCUAGAUCCGGCAAAAGCGAAAGACCCCCUAGUUCCAUUCGAAUGAAGGCUGACUGCUGAGCCCACUCUGGCCCCGGCGGGCCCCCGUGGUUGCGAGCCGGAGCUGCCAUAGCUUAUGGCUAGAGCAAUGGGAGGGGCCUCAGCAGAGAGAACAGAACAGAACCACCGUAAGGAUAACGAGUGCUCCGCCCGUCAAGCGGGCGGCAGGAGCAGCAGGCAAGUACUUGGUAGGCCAACAGUCCAGUGGGCACUCGACGAAAGGGGGCACACGGAGCAAGUACGAGAAAUUGGCCCCGCUCCGCUUUAUAAAAAGCAAGGACCCACUACGGGAGGUCAAAAACCCAGGACCUAUGGAAGUCGGGGCUCGUCCCCGGUCAAUAUUGGAUCAAACAAAACAAGCAAUAGGGGCCCGUAGCACUGACCUCUUUUUUUAUUGAUUCAAUAUAAUAGGGGAAAAGAUCGUACAGUUCCCUACCGAGACAAGAGACACUCUUAACAGAUCCUCCGCGCGCUGGGCAUACCUCUUCCGUGCGUCUUUCUCGUGGCAGGAACAGAACAACAGGGAAAGAAAGACCCGGGGCCGACCUGCCCAGGGCUCGAGGGCGAGCUUUAUUUAAGAGAGAAUGGGGAGCGAAUCGAAAGGCUUCCGUUUUAGUUCUUGGUUUGGUUCGGGCUCCUCUCGAUCUUUUUCGUAGUAGGGAAGGGGGAAGGAGUCUAAAUCUAUGGACAUUAAUGAACCAUCAUUGAUGGACGUUGCACAUGACACGAUCAAUUCGACUCAGGGUCCGGCGCUAAUAGAGGUUGCUUACUUUCCUAGUAGCGAAGGAAAAGGGCAGGGCUUUUUUCGUGGUAAUAGUGGGCGGGUCUCCUUUCGAAGUAAAGGCCUUCGCAUUCCUAAUCCGCCCCACCAACCCCGGACGGCUUAGUUUGUCCCAGCUUGGUGAAUCGCAUCCCCGCGCAACGACAUAGUUUGUGCGCCCUUUACCGUUCUCGCUCAGUGUUUGCAACGGCUGGGGAGGCAGUCGUAGAAGCGAAGUCUAUCGCCACGCCAACCAUCAAAUACGAGAUUGGGCCCCUUCUCAAAGAUUUGAUGGAAUGGCCCACCCAAUAGCGCUUAUGUCAUAUGGGAACUCAUGGCUGGAAACAAUCCUUAUGGUUUUGAUAUCCGGUAGGAAUAAUAAGAAUCAAAGUCCAGGUAGGUUGGUGAGCCUAGUGAUAGGAGACUAUCUAGCUUGGUUCGGAGAGCACUUGUUGGGUUAAAAACUUUUUUUGUUGCUAAAUGUUACAGCCUAAAUGCUGAACUAUUGACUCUACUCGUUCGGAUGGGUGUUCACCCCAAAGUGUUCCCGGACUGCAUGCAUACAUCCGUAAGUAACUUAGUGCAACAUGGCAAAUUUCAUUGAGAGGAAUCAGCAAAGAAAAGAAAAACGGGUCAACAUCUUAAUGUGUAUUUGAGGAUAUUUUAGGGCCCUAGAACGCAAAAAAAAGGUGGGUGAACAAGAGUUGUCACGAUAGGAAAGAGAAAUGACUAUAAGGAACCAACGGUUCUCUCUUCUUAAACAACCUAUAUCCUCCACACUUAAUCAGCAUUUAGUAGAUUAUCCAACCCCGAGCAAUCUUAGUUAUUGGUGGGGGUUCGGUCCGUUAGCUGGUACCAUGAUACUUUCUGUUUUGUCGAGCCCUGCUUUGGUCUCUGGUUUGAUGGUUGCACGUGCUAAAAAUCUGGUACAUUCCGUUUUGUUUCCCAUCCCUAUCUUUUUUUCUAUCAAUCAACUUUUCCAUUACUUUUGUAGGCUUCCUAUUAUAAAGCACCUGGCAACAAAAUGCCAACUCCUUCUUUUUUUGAUUUCUCACUUUCUGCUUUUGCUGGUUCUUACCAAAUUGGUACUUGAUCUGGGCGGCUAUCUCUUUAUGGACGACCUGAGUCGUGCCCUUUCUCAAUUCGUCCCCGGUUUUUCCGGGGGAUUGGGAGGGGGUUCUAAUACGCCGCCCAACCCCUCAGGGGAUUUUUUUCUCUCUUCUUAUCAAACUUCAGACCCGGACUAUCACGAUCAGCGGAGGGGUGAUUCCUACUUUUCCUCCGCGCCCGGAGUACAGGAAACCCACCGGCACGCGUCGGGAAGUUCCACAAACCUUCACUUGAACCUAAACGACCAAAGCCAAGAUCCCAUUUUUUUAGAGGUUGAGCGCCUAAGCUUGAAAUGCGAUAAAGUGAAAGAAAAAACGAUAUUAAAGACCCAGUCUUUAUUGCUAGAAAGAGGUUACCAUAUUCCGGAUGAACGGGAUAUAGAACGAGCAAUAAAUGUUGUGAUGACUGAACAUGAAACGAUCGAUAUAGAUCGGCGUAGGAAACGGUUCUACUACCUUUACUCGUGUUUAGGAAAAACCGGAAACAAGUUUUGGAUGGAGCUACUGGAAACGCUGGCUGACUACAAUAUAAAUAUAAAAAGCGAUUCCGACAACUAACCUGCCAUUUCAGGUUUUUUGUUAGGUCUCGACUUUCUUUUCAGGCUUGACUCAUUAUUUUGCUAGGUAUAGGUCCUCUCCUUCAAAUACUGGAAGGUGGAUCACUUGUAGGAAUUGUAGGAAUGACAUAAUGCUAAUCCAUGUUGUACAUGGCCAAGGAAGCAUAAAAUGAUUCUUUCAUUCUAUAGAUACCUCUGGUAGGUAAAGCACUCGACUGUGCUUUAUUGAAAGUUCCCAUCGCGGGGGCGAGGAUACUUGCCUUCGCGGUUCGACUUUCUUUUCAGGCUUGACUCAUUCGCUAGCUUCUCCUCCCCUUUAGAGCUCUUUAUGAUGCCCACUGAGUAAGAUUCGGGGACUUCCGGCGCAGAAGCUCAUUCUGAACCGCGGGAACCUUCGUCUCAAUCUUCAUAAUCAAUUUAUGCACUUUUUUCUUAUGUGAUUUCAUAGUUCGAGGCGCUUAAUGAAGAAGCAGCUAUAGUUCCUCUCGGGCUAGAAUGACUGACUUGGCUUUCGACUGAUAUAGUGCAUGGGUCUGUACUUCAGGCUGAGGUUCUUGGAUUGAAAUCUUAUGAUGUUCUGACUGACCUUUUCCCUCCUCGACUUGAGUAGAUAGUCAGGGUUUCAGAAUAUGUUUGUUGGAUGGGAAUAUGGUGCUUGAUGGUGUUGUUGUUCAGACCUCGGCUUUCUCCCUUCCUUUCGUAUAUGCCAUGCCAGCUGACAGGGAGAUCUUCGUUGUUCAGCUUAUAUUAGAGUCGUUCUACCUUCUAUGGGUCCAAGGGAAAUGGGGCAGUUGUUCCAUCUUCCCAUGCCUGGACUACCGAUAGUUCCCUCUUCUUCCUCUUAUUGUUUCCCUCUUUCGUACGUACACACGUCGUCAAGGGAUUGAUGCUAAACAACCAAAGCUGCCUUGGCUGCUGUGACUGCCUCUCCUUGCCUCCUAUCCUUUAAGUCGAGUACUUCGUUCCUUUUCAGUCGAGUUAUCGCUUUCGCUUCUUUUGAUCCUGCAGAGGCAGGACAAACUCCCGGCGAGCAAGGUCAAGAUGCCGAUGCUGUCGGUCUGCAGCCUCCUUUAGUCAACGAAGCGAACUGGCUGAACUCUAUGUCUUUUGGCUUCGUCUUGCUGAAAGAAAAAGAGUGAGGAAAACAAAGCAACAAAAGAGAGUGGCAACAAGAAGAAUGGAAGGCUUCCCGUUACUGAAGUGAACUUCUCGGUAAGUCCGGCACUCUGCCCCAUAUACCUUAUUCGUAGUAUCGCUCCUAUCUCGAUGAAGCUUCUAGCCUACACCGGGGUUCCUCUCGAUACAUCUUGCAAGGGAUUUCUAGUUGACUGUUGCCUCUCCUUCUCCACCACCGAAUCCUUACCCUCCUCUUCUCUCCGGCUAGACAUCUGCUUUGGCUUCACCGGCUGACUCGGAUGUAAGCGAUGAACUAGUCUCUCCUACAGUUAAUCAUUUCUAUGGUGUGGGUAGCGAGGUUCUUCUUCUCCAUUGAAGAAAUGAGCAGCCUUGAGACCCAGGAGAAUAGCUUCAACAUAGCCUUCACCAUCUGACCCGGAGCCCUUGCCGUUCACUUCACUACUACGUACGCCAGGAUCUAGCCCUUAGCUGCAGAGAUUCGGAUAAAGCUCUGUGCUCUCUCCAACAGCGUAUUAUCCCGUAGCUACCGCUCUUUCCUGCCACUUCAAAGUGGAAUUCUUUCUCUGUGUUGCUUUGCGAAUUGGGAUUGAGUCUCAGCCAAGAAAGAUAAGGUGAUCGAAAGGUCAAAUCAGAGAUCUCCUCGCUUACCCCUGAAGGAGCUGAUCGAGGACCAAUGUCAGAACACUCGAGUUGGCCUUCCUUCCCUACGGAUGAGGAGAUUCAACAGAUUAUGGUUUAGAAGCCGAACAAAGAGCAUUGGUGUGACCGUUAGCAGCCCAGUCGUGCCCUCCCCUGAACACUCGGACGAGAGGGUGAGGGUGGGUGCCUCUCUAUGAUUCGUCUAUCUAUGUUCCUAUCUAUCGGAAUGACUCCCACCGCUGCUUCAAUCUAUAUCUCCCGGUAAAGUGAAAUCAUCAAUCUGAAUCAAUUGAAUCCUUCGAUAUCAGUGAAAUCCUCCAUCUAUGAUUGCUCCUUCAUUUCCUCAAUCGGAAGAGUCUUCUUCUCUUCUGUCAGUUGAUCAGCAUCCCUUUUCCAAGAACACCUCGAAUUCGGCCUACUCUACUUCCCGGAAUGAGACGGGGGUCGAGUCAUAGGAGCUGCUUCUCUCUGCUAUUGGACUUGCAACAGCGGUCUCUCUAUAGGAAAGAGAUAGCUCGUUCACUCCGUCUCUCUCUGCUUUGCCGACCAGAAACUUUCCGUAUCGUACUUAAGAGCCCGAAAGCACACUCCUCUGCUUUGAUUCCAGGUUAGGGAUAAGAACUCUUCACUGUUGAAUAGAGAGAUUCAAUUGCUAGUAAGUUAUUCAAUCGAUACUUCUGGGCCUGCCUACGCUGAUGAAUCCCUCCUUUCUUCAGGUAGCAUGAGAAGAUGGAAUCUCAGACUUGCAAAGCAGACCUACGACUCAGGUCUCGAAGAGCCUUGCCAUAGCGUACAGAGAAAGCAAGAGGACCGGUAGCUCUAGAGUCCAGGGGGUCUUCACCUUUACUUAUAGUCGAGUGGGCAGCGUUGACGGAAGGAGAGUCAGGUAUUCACUUAGUUGACGCUAUCGUCCUUCUAAUCCAUCUUUCCGUUUAGCUCGGCAUUGCUAUUGAUCUCUAUCUCUGCUGAAGCAUGUUAUUGAUCGGGAAUCGUUCCUUGACCAUAUUGGUCUUAUCCAUCCUCCUCUAACCCCUACCAACUUCGAUAGCGAUCACUAAGGCAACCUACAUCCUCUAUCCCUUAGCCUCUCUCAAUGUAUGCAAGAGUCUCCCUGCGAGGAGAAGGAAGGCAAACAACAGAAAGGAGAGGGCACCAGCAAGUGAAACACACAUGGAAGUCAGUCUAGCAAUCUAUCCCAGCCAAGAAGCCGUUAAAAAGAAGUCAGGAUACCCGAGGUAAGCCAACCAAGCCAAUGAUCCAACCAAGCCAAUGAUGUGGUUUGAUGCAUCGAUCUUCUUCCGAACAAGGUAGCCAACCAAGAAAGUAUCUGAUCACCCAUCCGAUACGAAGACCUUUGAUAGUCAACCUCUCCAGCUUGAUAGUCCCUCUCCAGUCAAUAAAGAACCUUCCCUUGCGAAAUAACCUUCCCUUGCCAGGCAGUUGGCUUUGUUCCUUGGUAAAGAAGAGAAAGCUAACGGGUAAGCGGAUGGCAAAGAAGAGAAAG